AUGACAAGAGCUAAUAACGCCGCCAUGCGUGACAGCCGGAGCAUGCAGCACGCGGAAGGACCUGCGGCCGUGCUCGCCAUCGGCACGGCGAACCCGUCCGGCGCCGUCGUGCCACAGGACGAGUUCCCCGACCAGUUCUUCCGCGUAACCAACAGUGACCACCUUACUGACCUCAAGGAGAAGCUAAAGAGAAUAUGCCAUAAAACAGGCAUCGAGAAGCGGCACUUCCACAUGACCGAAGAAAUACUCCGUGCCCACCCGGAGUUCCUUGAUAGGGAACUGCCAUCCCUCGACGCUCGCAUCGACAUCGUUGCCACCGCAGUCCCGAAGCUCGCGGAGUCCGCCGCGGCGAAGGCGAUUGCCGAGUGGGGCCGUCCAGCCACCGACAUCACCCACCUCAUCUUCAGCACCUACUCCGGCUGCCGCGCCCCGAGCGCCGACCUCCAGUUGGCCUCGCUCCUCGGCCUCCGCCCCACGGUCUGCCGCACCAUACUCAGCCUCCACGGCUGCUACGGCGGAGGCAGGGCGCUUCACCUGGCCAAGGAGCUCGCCGAGAACAACCGCGGCGCGCGCGUCCUGGUGGCCUGCUCCGAGAUAACCCUCGUCUGCUUCUACGGCCCCGACGGGAGCAACCUCGUCGGCCACGCACUGUUCGGCGACGGCGCUGGUGCCGUCAUCGUCGGUGCCGGCCCCUUGACCGGCGUCGAACGCCCGCUGUUUGAGAUGGUCGGAGCCACGCAGACGACGAUACCAGGAACUGAGUACGCGCUUGGCAUGCAAGUCGCGGGAGGUGGCAUAGAUUUCCACCUCGCCAUCCAGGUGCCGAUGCUGCUAGGACAGAACGUCGAGCGGUGCUUGCUUGACGCGUUAAGGUCGGCGCUUGGAGACGACGUCGAUGUUGCAUGGAACGACCUCUUCUGGGCGGUUCACCCGGGUGGCCGUCCAAUCCUGGAUAACAUAGAGGCGGUGCUCAAGCUGGAGCCUGGGAAGCUGGCGGCGAGCCGACAUGUGCUGCGCGAGUACGGGAACAUGAGCGGCGCGACGAUCGUCUUUGUGCUUGAUGAGCUGCGCCGGCGUAGGGAUGACGAGGAAGGUGACCACUGGCCUGAGUGGGGGGUGAUGCUGGCCUUCGGACCGGGAAUCACGAUCGAGACGAUUGUGCUGCACUCCACCGGGUAUGUUCACAUUGAUCCAUAA